GCCCUCAACCCUCAGGGAGUUCUGACCAGCUUGAGGAGGGGAUCGCAGUCAUGGGGGACUCUUUCAUCAGGCACAUCGUCCUCCUAGGCUUUGAGAAGCGUUUUUCCCCGAGUCAGCACUAUGUCUACAUGUUCUUGGUGAAAUGGCAGGACCUUUCAGAGAAGGUGGUCUACCGCCGUUUCACAGAGAUCUACGAGUUCCAUAAACUGUUAAAAGAAAUGUUUCCUAUUGAAUCUGGACAAAUCAGCUCAGAGAACAGAAUCAUCCCCCACCUCCCAGCCCCUCGAUGGUUCGAUGGGCAGAGGACCACAGAGAACCGCCAGGGCACGCUGACUGAGUACUGUAACACCCUGAUGAACCUGCCCACCAAGAUCUCCCGCUGCUCCCACGUUCUGGAUUUCUUCAAAGUAAGACCUGACGACCUGAAGCUCCCCUCGGACAACCAGGUGAAGAAGCCAGAGACAUAUCUGAUGCCCAAGGAUUCCAGGAACAACGCUUCAGACAUCACUGGCCCCAUCAUCUUGCAGACCUACCGGGCAAUCGCAGACUAUGAGAAAAACUCCAAUACGGAGAUGACCCUGAAGUUGGGUGACCUGGUGGAUGUGGUGGAGAAAGGACAAAGCGGUUGGUGGUUUUGCCAAACAAAGCAAAAGCGUGGCUGGGUACCAGCUUCUUACCUGGAGCCCAUAGACAGUCCAGAUGAGUCUGAAGAACAGGAGCCCAAUUAUGAAGGUGAACCUUACGUCACCAUUAAAGCUUACACUGCUGUGGAGGAGGAUGAAAUGACGUUGAACGAAGGGGAAACCAUUGAAGUUAUCCACAAACUACUGGAUGGCUGGUGGGUCAUCAGGAAAGAUGACAUCACUGGCUACUACCCAUCCAUGUACCUACAGAAGUCUGGGCAGGACAAUACGCAAGCCAAGAACCUCAUCAAGAAGAGGGGGGCUCCACCCCGCAGGUCCUCCAUCCGCAAUGCUCAGAGCAUGCACAAGCUAGCCCGGAAGCGCAUCAGCCAAGAUUCCUACCGGAGAAACAGCGUAAAGUUCAUUCAGCAGCGGAGAAAGAUGAGACAGCUCAACACCCAGAAGGAGGAGAGCCAGCCCCAAGAGUCCCCGAAGUCACCCAUGAAGCCCCAGCCAGCCGUGCCUCCUCGGCCCAGCCAGGACCUCAUUCUCAACCGCUGCAGCGAGAGCACCAAAAGGAAGCUCAUGACGUCGGCCUGAUGGGGCAGCUGCAGCAGGCCGAUUUGGCAUGGGCCAGGGAGGACUCUGCCUAGCAGCACCAUGUCCCACGGCCAGCAAGGACCCACAGCCCUCUUCCCGCCAUCCCCUCACCCCCGUCUGUCCCAACAGCGUUGGCCAGCCUGCUUUGGGAGCUCCUCUGUUCCUUGGUCCAUCUUGGUCAUCCUCCUCCUCCAGGAAGUCAUCCCAGAUCACAGCUGGUCCCUCCUUCCCUCCCCUGUGCUGCUGUGUACAUAUGAUGUGUAUAAUCAUUGGGAACUGCUCACUUCUGUUUCCUGCCCCCCCCCCCCACGCCCAGGCUGUAAGCCCUGGAGGGCAGCUGCUCCCUGCCCCUUGGAGUUCUCUCUGUCCAGUCUAGUCCCUUGGCAUCUGGCCUUCAAUAAAU